GGAGGCAGUGAGGGACCGGAGAGGGGGGUCGCGCUGACGAAUGAGGGGUGGGAUUUGAGCUAGCGGCUAGCGGGGCGAUUCUCGAAACUCCAUCCGCCCGUUCCACUGAGUACGCGCGCGCGCUUCCCGCCCACAGCAACGCAAAGCAGCGCGCGCCUACGAUGUUGUGAAUGAGGGAGUGGAGUGACGUAAGCGGCCGAAUGUCAACAAUGUAGCCACUGAGAGUAGGCGUUCCAGUUGAGUGUAACAAACAGCGGAGACGGAGCGGCAAGCCGCGAAGGAUCACACGGCGCACAUUGCUACAGGCGCGCACGCGCGCGCACGUCAACAACAGACCGUAGAAUUACAGACUGGGUUGUUUUUGUUUUUUUUACGUCGUUCGUGUAAUCGAGCAAACAAAAAAAAAACAAACAAAAAAAACACGCUAGUUGCGGCGACUGGAAGGGACUCACCUUCUGCAGUCGGGAAGCUUUGACCAAACGACAAAGCGAGCCAUCAUGUGAAAGAACUUAUAUGGGAAACAGACAAAAGGGCUGGAAAACGAGAGAAAUAGAAAGUAAAAGCUUUCAUGUGACAAGGGACGAGUAACUGUGGAUGAUAGGAGGGUCUGUGUUGGUGCUGCAGGGCCGCCCUCCCCACGCCGUGCCGAGCUGCCAAUCAUCUGUCCCACCUUGCAUCUUUCUGACUGACAGUGAUGUGUCCUCACGCUGCUCGUGGAUAAAUGAUCACUAAUCAGCCCCCGAAGAUGAAGGACAAGUCUGGUGUGAGCGGCAUGUCCGUGGAUGAGAAGACUGAAGACCCCAUGUAUGUGUAUGAGUCGACGGUUCAUUGUACCAAUAUCCUCCUCUGCCUUAAUGACCAGCGGAAGCAGGAUAUCCUGUGUGAUGUGACUGUCUUGGUGGAGGGGAAGGAGUUCCGAGGGCACCGGGCCGUGCUGGCUGCCUGUAGCGAGUAUUUUCUCCAGGCGCUGGUUGGCCAAGCAGAGAAUGCCUUGGUGGUUAGCCUUCCAGAAGAGGUCACUGCCAGGGGAUUUGCCCCAUUGUUGCAGUUUGCCUACACUGCUAAGCUGUUACUCAGCAGAGAAAAUAUCCAGGAGGUCAUCCGCUGUGCAGAAUUCCUGCGCAUGCACAACCUCGAGGACUCAUGCUUUCGCUUCCUGGAGGCUCAGCUACGCAGAGAGGAGGACAACCUCAUGCUUUGCCACAGGGGGGCACCGGAGGCUAUCAACUCAGAGGAUGAAAGCAUGCAGUCAGAGUGUGAAAGACCCACCUCCCCCAGGACACGACAUUGUGCAGACACCCUGGCCUCCUUUCAGAGUCCUGACGAUGACAAGUUAGCAAUGACUGUGUCCAGUAACUUGACAGAUGGCCGGCUGGACUUUGAGCGACAUGGAGCAUCAGAUCUACCACGAUGCCCAAAGUACAGAAAAUAUCAGUGGGCUUGUAACAAGCACAAUAAUGACACCUCCUCACACACCAGUACCUCAGGUUUUCCAAGCACAAUUAAGGAGAGCAGCAUCAGUGGGGUUCUGCCGGGUCAGGGCAGGCUGCCCGUGACACAGAUAAAAGUUGAACCACAGGCAGAGGAAGAGGCCAUCUCAUUGUGCCUGUCAGGAGAUGAACAGGAUGCCAGGGACAAGGACAGUGUGAUAGCUAUGGAAAUGGAUAACCCCUUAUCUCUGGAAAGAACCAAGAGAAACAAGUCCUCAUCUUGCCUCCAAGCCUACUUCAAAAAAGGAAUAGACCUUCCUAGUCUGUCCAACACUUCACAGCAGCUACUCGCCAACAGACUUAUCUGCCCCCAGGACAAAGGAAACUCUCAGGGAGAUCAUAAAAAAGACUUCAGGCCUUUUACUGGGGAGUUAGAUCUGUCUGUUACAUCCCCAAAGGAGGUAGAUAGUUUCCCUGCAGGGUUGUCUCUGAAAUCCUCUUCUUAUGAUGGUGUCUGCAAACAGGAAGUUGAGCUAGACCGCCGUAGUGUCAUAUUCUCCUCAGGGGCCUCCAACCGUCUGGGACCGCCAGCACAUUCCUACCCCGGUGGGAACUCUUUGGAGGUGGAGCUUUCUGAGCAAGUGACAAAAGGACUUUGGGCUGAAUCCUGCCAGUCCCUCCCAAACUCCCAGGCUUAUUCGCUCAGCACCACUUCCUCUGAGCCCCCAGUCCUGUCGCGUCCACGCCCCAACACCAGCUGCCCAGUGCCAAUCAAAGUAUGCCCACGCUCGCCGCCUUGUGAGACGCGCACCAGAACUUCCAGCUCCUGCUCCUCUUACUCCUAUGCAGAGGAUGGUAGCGGAGGCUCUCCCUGCAGCCUGCCCCAGUUCGAGUUCUCCUCCUCACCAUGUUCCAAYGUGGCACGAUGCCUCAAUGUGGACCAGCAGGAGCAAAAUGUGGGAGGGGAUGCUCGUUUCAACCAGGUGCGACCCAAAAUCAAAUGUGAGCAGUCCUAUGGAACCAACUCAAGCGACGAGUCCGGCUCCUUCUCAGAAGGAGACAGUGAGUCAUGCCAUGCUCAAGARCGAGGACCAGAGGUGAAGCUUCCUUUUCCUAUUGAUCAAAUCACAAAUCUUCCACGGAAUGACUUCCAAAUGUUGGUCAAAAUGCACAAACUGACAUCGGAGCAGCUUGAGUUCAUCCAUGACGUCAGGCGGCGGAGCAAGAAUCGCAUCGCAGCGCAGCGUUGUCGCAAAAGGAAGCUUGACUGCAUUCUGAACCUGGAGUGUGAGAUCAGAAAACUAGAGUGUGAGAAAGAGAAGCUGCUGACAGAGAGGAACCAGCUGAAGGCCUGUAUGGGAGAGCUGUGGGAGAACUUCUCCUGCCUGUCCCAGGAGGUGUGCCGGGAUGUCCAGCUGAGCCCAGAGCAGGUCCAGUCCUUACACCACUACUGCCCUGUGCUGCGACCCCCCAACUCCACUGCCAGCAACAACGCAACCCACGAACCCAGGCCCCCCGCCAUCAGCACCACGGCCACCACCAGCAUCGACCUCACAGGCCACUCUGGCUCUGCCACGCCUGAACCCAGCUUCCAGGGGUUACCGGGACCCUCAGAGAACGAGCCUGAAUCUGCCAUCAGGAACGGGGCGGACCAGGAUACAGGGGGCCGCAACACCAGCUUGUACUCCACAUCUGAGUCUGUGGAAAAAUCCAAUCAAACAGUAACGGUAGAUUUUUGCCAGGAAAUGACUGAGAAAUGUACAACUGACGAGCAGCCAAGGAAAGACAGUACCAAGUAGAGGUGGAUUUUUAUUCAGUUGUUUUGAAUGUUUUUCUAUUAUUUAAUUUUACUCCUCUGACAAACCUUUUCUCUGGGUUGUGAGAUGGUCAGCCUCUGCCAGUGUUCACUGAAAAACAAGCUUUGUAUUUAUGUCAUUUUGUGUUGUUUUUGUUUCUGUAUGUUUUGUUGAAAUGGUUGACACUAAAAUUGUCUUAACAGCAGCAAUACUGUUCUGCAGGCAUUCUCCUCUCACCCUGACAGAGUGGGAACCUCUCACCAAACUCGUACUAUGGUGCUAUACCCGGCCAGCUGGCAGSAGCCUCUGCAGGGGAGACUGCCGUUCAUGUGUCACACAUCACAACUUCAAGUUGAUCCUCAUUGGACCUAAGCAGCAGCUCUCUUUUUCUACAAACAGGAUCUCUGUUUCUUCCUUUCUCCUGUCCUUUUCUCCUUCUAUCGCUCUGUCUUCAGAUGUACUCAUACACACACACACACACACACACGCACACACACGCACACACACACACACACACACACUGCUUCCCCAACAGGUUCUAGACCUGCUCUAGAGAUGUAGAAACACAAAUGUGUGCAGAAUCACCUCUAAACUACUUCCUGAGAGUAUAAAGGCAACUACCUAUUAACUCCACAUGAUAGAAACCAAGUUUUUYAGUGUMAUUUUUUAUCAGCAUCCAAUACUGAKGAUACCUUCAAACUGUGAGAUGUAGAUGCGAUUGCAGCAUUAUUUCUUUUAAUUAUCCUGAAAAUCUCCUGAUGAUUUUAGYUCCACAUUUCUAUAGGCUGCCUAACAGAUGUGAAUGUUUAACAUUAACUCCACAUGUCAAUGAGGCUAAAAUAUUACAGAAUUUAAUCUGUAAGAUUUUAUAUUUGUUCAGUUUGUWGCUGAAAAACUGUAAUCAUUUGCAUUAUUGCUUUUUUUGUACGUCAAGAUUCUUCCAGCUUGGAGAUUGUGACUUCCAGCUACAAAUGGAGUGCAUCUUAAUUUGGGAGUACUUCACAUUGGACAGCAUUUGAUUAAAGUAUGUAAGUCAGGUGCAUAAAGAUAAAUCAUCAUAACAGAGAAAUCUUCUAUCAAAGAAUACAAAUGUUUUGCUCAAACAGGAGCAGAGUUUUAUCAACCUAAAUAAGUAUUUAGUACAGAUCCGGUUUUUCCAGUAUAAUGUAAACAGAGAUUUUUAGCAGCUCUAAAGUUUUCAAGAAAGUUCUGAUGAGAUUCUGCACACAUUAUUGUAAACUUCUCAGAUGUUUGUGUGUGAAAGCAGCUCGUUAGUCUCCCUCCACCUCUGUCUACCUCUCUCAGUCCCACUCUGUCUCGCUUUGUCUCUUCUAUGAUUAUAUCUCAGUGGCCCUUUUCGUCACAAGAAUUCAAACUCAGGAAAGAAAAAUCCUCUGAAUGUUCAACCUAAUUCAUUGAAAAUGAGAUGAGAGCUUCUGUACAAUAGGAAGUUACGAUGCAGUGAGACUGUAAAAUGUUCAUAUGCAAAAAAAAAAAAUGUUUUCAAGCGUUUCCUAUUUGUAUUUCUGUACAGRAGAACUUUGUACAGCCUGUAACUGAGAACAUUCCUUCUAUGCCUUUCACAGCACUGAAUUGAAAGGAGAAUAAGGUGAUUAGAUGGCUAUUUUUAUUUCCCACUCAUCAGCAAUACCAUUGUAUUUGGAUGUUGUAUCRGUGAUUUUUCAAGUGCUUGUUGGCAGAUGUGUAUAUAGUAUGGAGCAUGAUGACUGUAACAGUGAUUUUUGUACGUGUAGAAACGUAGGUGUUUCUUUUUAUUUCACUUGGGUUAUAUCAAGCACCUUUCUAAGGGAAAACUUUUUUUUGUGCUGUUUCCUGUCCUGCCUAAUGAAUACUUUCCAUCAUGGUGGGUGUUCUUAUACUCAGGAAAUCAGCUCAAUACAUGAGUACACACACACAAAACACACACAGCAUGCAUCCAUACACAUCCAACCAUGAGCCCCUUGCAUGUUUAGAAAUGACCCAUGAGAAUAUUUUUUACGGACUGGCUCAGGCCAGCCCAGCUUCACCUUUGGCUCCUUUUUAAAUGUGAAAAACUUCUCAUGUUCUUUCUCCCCAUGUUGCUUAAUUCCUUUUAUAACAGUAUUUAAAGAUGCUACUUGUGUAAGCUCUCACAAGCAUUUAUUUUGCUUUUGACAUUUUAAAAUUUAUCCAAGAAAGAAAGUAAAGAAUGAAUGAAUGAAUGAAUGAAUGAAUGAAUGAAUUUAGGCACUUUGUUUCUGGCCCCGAGCGCUCAGAGCCAUUAGCACUUCAGCUACAGUCUUUGUCUUUAUUUUCUUCUAAGUCUAAACCUGGAGCACUUAAAUUGGCCCUGCAAGAGAAAAUGUUUUUGAUAUUAUUAUAUUAAUAUAUGUYGGUGAAGAUUUAGAAAGACAUCUAAAAGAAGUUAACGUUUUAGUAUAUGAUUAUUCUCAACUUUGCUUUGUGUUUCUUUAGUAAUGAAAUAAGCUAAUUCCUGAUUGAGUUGAUAUGAAAAGUGGUGCGUGCGUGCGUGCGUGCGUGCGUGCGUGCGUGUUGUGCAAAUGACUGAAAACCAAUCCUGUAAGGUCGUAAGAUUGUUGCCCUGAUUGUGUUUGGUCAUCCAUCUCUGUGAUGUGCAUGCUGCCUAGAACUAUAAGCGUAGUUAGAUGGUCAAGCUUGUUUUGCCUUGUAAGUUCUCUUUUCUUUUAAAAUGCUUUUAAAAAUCCUUUCCCAAAAUAUUUUGUAUAAAGAAAUUUAACUGUAUCAAACCUCACGAGAGGCAAGCUACAAGCAAGUACAAGAAGGGUUGAAUUCAGCAUGAAACUUUGUUGCUUUUUCUUCUCUUUAAUGUCCCAAUCCUACAGGUAUUUUGGUGUCAUUUCUGUUCUGCUGAGCGUUUCAACUAAGGCAUGAAUAACUUUGCUAACUUUGCUAUUUUAUCUAUCAAAAUCAGUCUUCAAAGUCUACCUCCAUCUCUGUCCCUGACAUCAUCCAACCCUCCCUCUGAUAUAUUCAUUCCUAACUGUGCCCGUUUUGUCACUUUCAGUGAAAACAUGACUUUGUCCAGCUCUGCUGGCUCUAUCUCCAUCUCCAGUUACCGUUUGUAGAGCCACCAGCUGUGAAGCAUUCAUCUCAGCAUGUCUCUCUGCCAUUCUUUGUCCCAGUCUUCCCCUCUCAUGUGUUCUGCCUGCUGCUGUGGACAGCUGACCUCCGGUACUUUAACACCUGUUCUGCUUUCAGCUUCAAUGUUCCACCUGUGUCCCAUCUUACCCUCCCAUUAACUCCUGGUAGACUAUGGCCUCCAAGACCUUCAGAUCACAAUGCAGCAGUGGUGGUUUAUGCGUCCCACUAAUCUCAGUUGAUACAUGUUAUAGAUAUACCAAUUCAUUUGGACGCACUUGGCUGCCAUAUAAUGGUCUAACCCAAUUUGGAUAUUAAAUACCUAAGUGUAUAUUUAUCAUAUGUUAUAUUCUAUAAAUUAACAAUAUAAUGUGCUCAAUAAAACAGAUCACUAGCCAGUGGUUUUCCUAAAGCAUAACAAGCUGCAUACAUUCUCAAAGGGUUCACUUUCUAAUCCUGUUAGGUUAUCAGUCUUUAUUUUUGUCCCUGUCUUAGUAGGGUGUUUAUUUUGGCUUUCACCUUCAAUGUUUGGCUGUGUUUGACAGAGGACAUUWAAAAAAUCACYAAUAUCCCCAUGAAAAACCUGGUUUUUCUGCCAACCUGUCUGAUGCUGUGCUUUUUUUCUUGUCUCUUCUUGUCAGAUUAACACAGGAUUGGGACUUAAAGUUUGGACAAGAUUUAUGGAUGUUGUUCCUCCUAACUUUCUCUGAUGUAAAUUUUAGAUUAAGAUGUCAUUGGUUGUUCCUUUCUGUUUUUCAGCAGGAUACUGUCUCAUAUGUACUUCACUAUCCCAUCUUUAAAUUGUUAGGAUUGAUCCCUUUCAUAGAAUGCACACAUGCACAAGUUCAUGUUCAUGUUACACACAUACCACACAUACACAGGUUUGGAGCAGUAGUAAUGAUAUUUAAAUAUAUAUUUCUACAUAUACAAUGUUUUUGUUUGUUUCAUUUUUAUGUGCUGUUUUCCUUCAUGAACACACUCCAAAAAUAGCCCUAUGUUGAYAAUUUUAAUUUGCAGAAAGAAAUGAUCUACAUUGGACAUUUUUCUGCCAAAUUAGACCUAAAGAUGAUUCACUUUUUCUCUUGAGAAAUGUAGCCAAAGUUUAUCAGAGGCUCCUGAGAUGUUCUAAUACUUCCAUAGAGAACACAGACUCUUCCAACCGUAUUUUGCCGUUUCUCUGAAUUUCCAAAUAUAAUCCCAUUGAACUAAGGUUUKUGAGGUUUAGUCCCUGCUUUUGGUCCAGACUUUUAUGAUUUUUUUAUGCUCUCUUAAUGCAUCCUAAAGGCUCAUCCUAACAUGCAAAUGAUCUUAAAUGAAUCUUGGAACAUUUGGGUUUAAGCCACAAAGAGAAAAUGGUUUUAUUUUUCAUUUUCUAUUUCUAGUUGACAGCAAACUAUAUUUUACCACUGGUGGCUUCUAGCUAUGUAAAUUUGUGUCACCAAGUUUCAAUCAAWACUCUGCAUUUCAUCACUGUACCAGUAAUAUGGACAUACCAARGCUGUCUGCAUGGUGUGAGUAGAUGUCAGUCAGCCAAGGAUGUUUUAUUGCUAAUUCAGUGAAACACACCCUCAGGUUGGUGAGUACUUAAACAUGCUCUGGAUAUCACUCUGAAGCAGAGUAGAAAAGCAGUGAGCUGAAUAGUGUUUGGAUUUUUCUGCUCAUGAUGUUGGAGUAUUUUCAUUUCUUCAGGUGACAGUGUUGCCACCAGAAACAAGCUCUGUAUUUGCCCAMCUGAUGAAUGUUGAGGUUUUAUAUUCUUUUUUUUCCCUCAAUCUGAUUUUGAUCUCCUGUGACUGUGUGCAAGCAGCACAUUACGAGCAUUUCCUUAUUUGGUGUGGGAUUAGUGGGGAGGAAGGAGAUGAGAUCAACAAAUUCAGUCUGGUUACUGUUAAACCAAAACUAGAAGCUGGAAGGUGCUGACAAGCUAUGCAGAUUUGGUUUGCAUUCCACUUUGUGUUAAAUCAGUUGCAAACCAAUCACAUUGAUUAUAAACAAAACUUUAUGUCUUAUUAAAUGCAUGAAUUGAAAGAAAGUUGUGUUGACCUGAGUUGGUCUCCAGGUUGUUUUGUGCAGGUCAAACAUAGUUACAACAGUAUGAUUUAUAUAUUGAACAUGCUGUAGCUCUGUAAAAUGAACCCACUCAUCUUUCUAUUUA